UUUAUUUAUUGAAACCCUCUGACUGGGUCUCCCUCUCUCUUACUUUCCAAACGGUCUCCACUUCAGCUUGACGAGGGAUUGUUGCUUUUUUAUUUUUCUCACUGGUGUUACCUCACGUCUCAUACAUUGCAACUCGGCUCCAUCACCAUCGUUGAGGUCUUUCAUUCACUAUCGCCAGUGAAUUGCUACUCUCCUGGAGUCCAUACGAGAGUGCAUAGUUCCCACUAUAAUUACCCUUGUUUCCGCAAGUGGUCCCUUCUUUCGGCAGAUGCAUACAAUACACCUAUAAGCUCUUUUCAUCUUGGUCUUCACUCAAAUAUUUAAGCCCCGCUCAUCUCUCUUCAUUAUAUCUGAAUUCACUUGUCACCAUUAAUCUUUUGCCACUUGGACAAGGCGGUCGCUCAACGACCUACUUGAACGGAUCAUGUCGGCUUCCCUUACCAAGGUCCUGCAUAGGAUGCAGGAGCUUUUUUCAAACGUCGUCGCCGCACUAGAAGCGAUGCUGUUGUUUCCAUCACUCUUCCGGGAUGCCUCCGGCAAGAGGAAAUCAUUCCACAGGGCAUCAUGGCGCCGCCGCACUCUCGAUGACCUUGCUGACGAAGUCGACCAUGUGUUCACAGCCCCACUAUCCAUGCAGAACAUGGCCAUGAUGUCCGAAAGGAUACGUGAACAGCUCCGAAUUUGUCUACAGUCUAGUCCGGUAAGCAUGUUGCCAUCCUACAACCAUGCAUUGCCAUCAGGAACGGAGAAAGGAACCUUCCUAGCCCUCGAUGUAGGAGGUUCCACCUUCCGUGUGGCUUUGAUUGAGCUUCGUGGAAACGGCGACAUGGAGAUUCUGCGGGUCAACUCGUCCCCAAUCGACGAGCAGGUGAAGCUUUUGGAGGGAACCUUAUUCUUUGACUGGAUGGCGGAGAAGAUCGAUUCAAUGCUCUCCGAGGUCGGCGCGCAGUACGGUCGAGAACUCGCACCAUUGUCCAUGGGCUUGUCGUGGUCCUUCCCAGUGGAACAGACGUCCAUCAACAGUGGUUUAGUGAUUCAGAUGGGCAAGGGUUUUCUGUGUUCGAAUGGUACUGUGGGACAGGAGCUGGGAGAUCUGAUUGUCCAAUCAUGUCGCAAACGUAGUUUGAACCUCCAAAUGGGUGCCAUUGUAAACGACAGCUCUGCUACUCUUCUUUCUCGUGCCUACGUGGACCCCAAGACCCGCAUGUCUCUGAUUCUCGGAACGGGAACCAAUAUGGCGAUUCAUUUCCCCGUGCAUGCGAUAGGAUUGACCAAAUUUGGCACCAGACCCGUAGGCUGGUUCGACUACGCCAAGCACGUCAUUAUCAAUAGCGAGCUGAGCAUGUUUGGUGGCAAGGUUUUACCGAUGAGUCGAUGGGACGAUGUGAUCAACCGUACGCAUCUUCGACCCGACUAUCAACCGUUAGAAUACAUGAUCACCGGGCGCUACUUGGGCGAAAUUCUUCGACUGAUCAUUGUGGAAGCCGUGGAUACCGCACAAUUGUUUGGAGGUGAACUCCCUCGCUCGAUGCGCGAUGCCUAUUCCUUCGACACGAGCAUCGUCGCCGCCAUUGAGGCCGAUACAUCAUCAUCGUUUGCUUCGUCUGCGGCUCUCCUCCAGAAGGAGCACACAUUCCACCGUGCUCCAACUGUGAAUGACCUCAAGUUCUUACGCCGUGUCUGUGAGAUUGUUUCGAACCGCUCCGCAGGGUACCUGGCAACAGCCAUCCACAGUAUGUGGUGUUUGCGCAACGAAGCUGAGUUCCCCGAAGUGACCGCCUCUGCAACAUCGUCAAUCAAGGAGACGCAAGAGGUGACUGUGGUCGAGAGCGAGCAUCCCCAGAGCAUGACUAUUGCAUGCGAUGGCAGUGUCAUCAACAAGUACCCUGGCUUCCGGGAUCGCUGCCAGGACUAUAUCAAUCAGCUGUUACAGGAGACGAAUGCUUCGAAGGGCACUUUGGAAGCGACUCCCAGCCCAUCCGUCCGCCUCGAUCCCGCGUCUGAGAGUGGGAUCCUUGGUGCUGCGGUUGCGGUUGCGGUCGCUGUGGCUGAGAAGGCCUCAACGUGAAUUGCGGGGGAGACCUAAUCGUUUUUUUUUUUCAAUCUCCUCCGGGAAAAUAAGAUACCACAGUCAUCUAUUUGUCGUUGUUUGUGUGUUGCGGAUGGUUCUGUCGGGCCUCAAACGGCGUUCAUAUUGCAUUAUCUGGUGUUAUGGUCUCGUAUUUCUUCGACCUCGUUUCUGCGCGUUUGGGUUGGCUUCGGGGUUCGGGCAUCUGGCUUGUUUUUUGUUGUGUCUUU